AUGUCUUGUAGGAUGCGGAGAAAGAGAUGUGCUGGUGGAGAUAAAGAUGGAGCAACUUCCAGCAAGUACACAUUUUGGCCUGAGAAGCUUGACAAGCCUUUAGUCGAGUACAUUUUGGAGUUGAUGGUGAAGGGGAUCAUUGUGGAUGGCAACUGCAAAAACGGAGGAUAUGACGCUCUCGAGAAGAUGUUGGAACAAAAGGUACCUGGCUGUGGGAUGAGGGCAAAGCCCAAUAUUGAAGGACGAUACAAGGGUUUGAAGAAAAAGUGGCAUGCUAUCACUUUUAUGAGGAAUCAAAGUGGAUGGGGGUGGGAUGAGGUCAAUAAGUGCGUCAUAUGCCCUGAUGAGAAGUGGGACGAGUUUGAAGAGAAACAUCCGAAUUGCGGAGGUCUGAACAAGAAAUCAUUCCCGGUGUACGAUGACUUGACUCCAGUGUUCGCCAAAGGACGUGCAAGCGGAGAGCAUGUGUACGAUAUCGAUCCCCUGGGUUGUGGAGGGGAACCAAUCGAGGAUGAGGGUACUCAAGCCGUCCCACUUAAUGAAGCUGAGGAGGUUGUGAUGGCUGAACUUAAUGCAGAGCUGGAAGCACAGAAAAUGCAGUCUGCAAGUGUUACAGCCUCGAGUGAUGGGACAACAGGAAAGAAGAAGAAGAGGUCCCAAUCUGUAGAUGACAGGAUUGACUUCGUUGUGGGUGAGAUGAGUGAGCUUCGCCCAAUGAUCAAGCAGUCAAUGGAAACCAUCGCUAGAGCACUUGGUGAGAGCGACGACCUUAUCGAGAAGAGAACCAAUCUGCUGAAGACACUUGAGGAGGUUGAAGGGCUCACUAGAGCUGAGAUAUUAACAGCAUUAAGGAAGCUUUCUAACAAUGAUAGGGAUUUGAUGAUCUUCUAUGGCUUGGAAGACAAAGCUGACAAGUUGAUGUUCGUGACAGGGCUGCUUGGAUGA